AUGUGCAGAUACUUUUCUUUACAGGAUGGUAGCGAUGAGACCAACUGCCCCGCAACUUGUCCGGAGUACGAAUGCAACGAUGGUCAAUGUCUGCCCCUAAGCUCCCGGUGCAACGGCAUGAUUGAAUGUGACUCUGAUGAGGCCUGCUGCGGACCCGACCAAUUUGAAUGUCGACGCCCACAACCCCGAGUCUACUCUGGAGACAACUCUCCGUUGAUGGCUCGAGCGGAUUUCUCCAGUGGAUUAUAUCGCUACUACCGAAAGCACUCGUCGCCGGCAGCCGCUGCAUGGGAACGUUGCAUCCCCAUGAUAUUCUUCUGUGAUGGAAAGGCUGACUGUCACGACAGCUCGGACGAAGCGACUUGUGCCAGUAGUCCAGUAAACGAGUUUGGUGAUGUGCCGACGCGCCUAUCGAGCAAUGGCUCCAUCCAUGGUUCUACAGGACCCCCCACUAUGCCUAACGGAGGUGGCUUGAACGGCGAAUUUCCUUCCGUCUAUGCAGCGCUAAUCGUACUGGCCCUCCUUGUGGUUCUCGUUGUCAUUAGCCUGAUUGGCUACUUUUGUUCCAAGGGGUUAGUUUAUCUUUUGCAUUUAGUACUACUUGAUGCCUGGCCUCGUUUCAAUCUCCUUUUAAAAUAA